AUGUUCUCUCUCAAGAAGUGGCACGCUGUGGCCAUGUGGAGCUGGGACGUGGAGUGCAAUACGUGCGCCAUCUGCAGGGUCCAGGUGACGGAUGCCUGUCUUAGAUGUCAAGCUGAAAACAAACAAGAGGAUUGUGUUGUUGUCUGGGGAGAAUGUAAUCAUUCCUUCCACAACUGCUGCAUGUCCUUGUGGGUGAAACAGAACAAUCGCUGCCCUCUCUGCCAGCAGGACUGGGUGGUCCCGAGAAUCGGGAAGUGA